UAACUAUGUUUGUCUACCAGUGUACACUUGGAAGUCUGCAUAGGUAGGACGACUCACCUCAACAAGACAAGGUAUUGAUUGUGCUGUCACGAAACAAAGACUACCACAAGUGCGAGUGUGCUACCACAAAAUACUCACUUUUACAAGAAAAGAGUGUCAAGUGUUACCACAAAGCAUUGACUUCUGUAUAUGGGUAUUGUCUCUACUUUGUGUGUUUUGUUCCUUGGAUAAAGCUAUUAUAAUGGUUGUUUCUUCACUCAUCAGAAGGUAAUAUGGCUGGAAAGGCUACCUCCUUCUAUAAAGGACAGAUCGCUGUCCGGGUUCAAGGUCAUAAGACAUGCGUACACCACAAAAGGAAGACAUUGGACUGGUUCUGUGAGACAUGUCAUGACGUCAUAUGUACAAAUUGUAUUUCCACAUUACACAAAGGUCAUGGCAUUGUCCCGUUGAGUGAAAUUACUCCAAACAACAAACAUAAAAUAAAAACGUUCAUCAAUGAAACAGAACAAAAGGAGCUGAUUCAAAUACAACAGGAAAUCAAUUCAGCCCAGGAGAGUCUCGAAAAACACCUCAGCCAUUUCAAACUUGUAGCAGAAGAAGUGAAAAACCAAGGAAUAAAACUAAAAGAAGACGUUGAUGUUCUUAUUGCUGAAACACUUUCACAAUUGAAGGAUUUAGAAAAUGAAAAUGCACAAUUCUUCACCAGGUACACAACUGAACUGGAAAGGAAACUUGCAGAAUUGAAGGAUCAACUAAACCAGUGCAAGGAAACCCUUCAGACUGGCACAGAUAUCAAGGUGUUUGACGCAAUCAGUAGACUUCAUACAGACAUCACUUUACCUAGAAGACCCGUCCUGAGGACCGCAAAGUUCAGUCUAAACAAAAAUCGUAACGAAGAUUUGGCGUCUGCAUUUGGGAAAAUGACCUUUACUUCAUCUAGUGAAACUGAUGAUCACGUCUCUGCUAAAGUCGAAACAUCAGCUGGAUCAUCAGAUCUACAGCCAUCACGACCUUCAGACCACAUGCCGUACGAGAUUAUCCAUUCAGCAAAACUGGACUCACCUCGAGCAAAAAUUUCAAUUCUGUCAACAUGGUAUGCUCGAUGUGAUAUCUAUCAUAUCUGUCCUGCUGGAGAUAGUGGUGCUUGGACAUGUGAAGCAAACAAGACUUUGACACAUCUGACCAGUGAGGGAACAGUAAAGGAGCAGAUAAAGAGUCCUGUUAGAGUAACCAACAUUUGUAUAUCUCCCUCUACACAAACAGUCUGGGCAUGCUCUGAGGAAGAUAACAGUGUCAUGGAGCUGAAACCAGGAACAUUGCCGACAUCAGAUAAAUUGGUCCAUAAAUUCAACACAAAGGAUAAACCCAAAUGUCUCUGUAUUACUAAAGAUUACCAUAUCCUUGUGGGGAUGAAACACGGAAUCAUCAAGUACAAUCAAGGAGGGAUACCAAGCCUCAUGACAACAUCACAUUCAAAGAAACCACUAGUGUGUUCACCAUUGACUAUCUCGGAGUGUCCGGUCAAUGAGAAUGUUGCUGUACUUGACGGAGACCUGUCGAUUGAUGGUGGAGAAAACAAAACACGUAUUAUAGUGAUUAACAAUCAUCUACAAGAGGUUUACAGGUGCGGACCACACCAACACGGCAAUAGGACUGGAUCUCUGUCUUUCCACCCCCGGGAUGUAACGUACGACAGAUAUGGACAAAUGGUGGUGGCUGACUAUGACAACAACUGUCUACAUCUGCUGAGUGGUGACGGACAAUACCUUGGGCAUCUGCAUACUGACAAAAACAGCCCACUAGCUGUGUUUGUGGACAAGCAGGGAGUUCUGUGGGUGGGGUUUGGUAGUAUGUAUGGGGUUAAUAAAGUAAAACGACUUCAGUACACCAGUGAUUAA